AUACAAAAAAAAAAAAAAAGAAAAAAAAAAAAAAAGAAAAAAAAAAAGAAAAAAAAAAAAAAGAAAAAAAAAAAAAAAAGAGAAAACCCGCCAGUAAUAACCUGCUCUCCAAAGUGCCUAACGUGGUGCUCCUUAUGCUCGAACCAGUAUUACUGUCCGAUGUAGAUCUUGCCCGGCGCCUCGUGUUGUAUCUUCAGGGUCCGGAAAGGCGAAUCGCCCACGUACAAAAAUUCUUCUUGUACGACCCAACCAAACAACCAACCAAACAUGCAUCUAUUUUACUAGGUUUCGAUGUGCUGGGUCGUACUUGUGUCGUACUUGUGCUGCCAUUUUUAUUCGUCCCGUCUUGUCGGUAGCUCUAAUUUCAGCUCAGGUAGCGCCAACCUGCCAACCUGCUUCACAAACCCCCCCAUCAGUCCCCGUCCACCUUGUAAGCAACCAACUGCUUACGGGCUGAUUUCUUCAUUCCUCCUUUUUUUUUCCCCCAAUAGAUUUGAUCUGUCAACCUUACGCUAGAUCGUCAAAAGGUUUAAUGUUCAUCCACUAUUGGCACCGUCUAAAUGCCUUUUUGUUGACUCGACGAUCCCGAGUUUGACUUUGCAGCGAUAACCAAAUACAAUAAUAGGUGGUUGCAGCGCGCGUCCCGCGACAGCGACCUCCGCCCACCUCCACUGCCACUACUCGAGUCGCGCCAAGCAUGGAGGAGACCAUGGCCGACGUCGUCGAUUCACCACAACUCAUGCAAACACCGUCGGUGAAUCGACGUGGUUCGACUGAAAAACCUCCAAUUUUGGCUUUCCCGUCCUCGUUCGAACGGCUACCUGACGAAAUCAUCGAACAAAUCCUUCGAUUGACAGACCCAAACUCCUUCGCCUCCCUCGUACUCCUAAAUUCCAAAUGGCGAGCAGUAUCACAACAAGCGCAUCUCUACGAGCACCAGCUUGCGCAAUGUCCAUCCUACGCCGCGAGCCACAAAACCCGCCGUGCGACCCCCACGUCCGACGAUGACCUCCCCGACCUCCGCCGGCUCUUCGCCCGCGAGGUCAAGCGCAACCUUUUCGAUGCCUACCUACGCCCCAACCUGACCGUGAUCAAGCUGGUGUCCAACUCCAUCAGCUCGUCCUCUUGCCCCGGCGGCGAGGGCAUGCAAUUCCACCCGUCGCCGCGGGGCCAUCAGCUGCUGGCCUACAACUCGUCGCGCAUCUACGUCAUUGAUGCACGGGAACGCGAGAUCAAAGUCAAGAGGGAGCUCAAGAUCCUGAGGAGGCCCGCGGCGACGUGCAUAAUGGACGAUGGCUCCCUGCUGGCCGUGCUCCUGACCGAGAUGCAGGUCGAUGUGUACGACCUGACCCGGUCCCCGCCGAAGCGCACACAGUCCAUCAUCCUGGACAACAGCCCCCGCGCCAUCGCCCUGUCUCCGUGUGGCUCGGUCCUGGCUGCCGCGUACGAGGGUGGGAUAGAGGUCUCGUCGCUCAGCCCCGGGGCCAUGGGCACCGAGAGGAGAGCGGUAAAGUGCGACGCCGUCGACGCAUUGGCCUUUUCCUUUGACGGGACACAGAUCCUUGGGACAACGGUUCAGUCUGCCCAGCCUAAUACGGUGAUAUUGACGGCGCCCUACUACGACGCGGGCAGUCACAUGGAGAGUGACAACAUGAGCGGGCUGUGGACCACUUCUAUCCUGUUCCCCAACACCAGCCGAGACUGCAGCCAUGCCGUCCUGCUGCAGGAUUCAAAUUUUGAGGAGGCGGCCUGGGCAUUCACCUACGACAGGAGUUUUGAAACCUUCCGCGCUGUGAGGAUCGACGACCUGCGGAACGGGACAACAUACUUCACCGGCCCGGUUCCGAGCAAGAGCUCGCAGGGUAGGCUGCUUCCGUGUACCCUACCGGCAGCAUCGUACCGUGGAGAUCUGGUAGCGGCCGGCUUUCAGGGGAACGAGAUUUGGGUUUACGGCGUUCCCGAGGACCUCGACGCAGCGCCCGAACCGCCAAGCAAGGACCCGGAGCACGGCUCGCCGGAUAGCACAGGACUGCGCCGACGGGGCAGCGGACCCUCGACGCGGUCCACGUCACGGGGUCAGGAGAAUGCCAACGAGAGAGUACCACAGUGGCAGCUGCUGUGUGACAAACUCCGCAACACCUUCAUCGCCGGGUCCAAGGUUGCUGAGCUGAGCGGUGCCGGCACUGUCAAAUGGGUCGCCGGGUUUGGCGACUCAUCUCUCAAGGAAAGAUUGAUAGUCGGCGCCAAGGGCCUGUCUGACAAGCCAGUGUCCGAGGAGGAUGAGUUUGACUUUGCCGAUGGGGGCAGGCUGACCCUGAUCGACUUUGACUACGGCGUCGAAGACGGGCUGGUUACCGAGAUCACCAUCGAGGUCGGAGAUGCUGAGCCCGAGGUUCUGGAAGAGGAGACGCGCGACAUGGAGACCGAGGUCGCAAUUGUCAGGAGGAGGACGGUAGCGCAGAGGAGGGGAAAUCAGAGCUCGGUGAUGCGGGCUGCCACAACAGCCGCACGCCUGCCUCCUGUGCCCUUGCCACCCAUGCCACAACGCACCAAAGGCGACGAUGGUGAUGACCCGCUGGUUCCACGACGAACCGGUGUGCCUCCUGUCCCGCAGAGGCCCGAGCCAGGCGGCCCUUUGUCCGACGAUGGCGACGGUCAAUCUCUGCUCGACCCUCAAGAGUCCCUGGAGGAUCCAUACUCCCAAACAGGACCCCGAUCCGGUCCAACCCUCCGUCGGGCGGCCACGGCUGCUGCUAAUCAUCGCCGCUUUCACCCAUCGGCGUCGGGCCCGGAGCCCGCGGCACCUCAAAUCCGAAGGGUUGACGGGCGGCAGGGUCCGCCCCAUGAGAGCGAUGCUGAUAAUUGGGUACCACCGCCGCCACCGUACCAGAAGGAGACGCCCGUUGUGGACCUCCCGUCGUUCCUGAGGCACAACAACAUUCCGCCUGCUGGUGACACGAGCACCGCCACUCCUCCCGUACCGCCGAUCCCCAGUCAAAUCUCGCACCAAGCAUCUCGUAGCAACCCCGUGUUGCCAAUAAUACGUCAAACGGCUCCAAAUAGAUUGUCAUCAUACGAUGGCGUCUUGGCGACUAGUCAACAUGGACACGUUAGUGACUCGAGUGUGGGCCGCCCGCGAAGCAUUGACGCAUCACAGCCCAGUCCGAGCACGUCAGGGCUGGGUAUCCGUGACAACGAAGAUAUAUACGAUGUCAGCCCGCCGGGCACUCCGAAUCAGUCAGGACCGCGGCCGUCUGCGAUUCCUCGCCAUUCGACCGAUAGCAGCGGGCAUCUGACGACUACGCCCAGUCGCAACUCCAAGAUGUCGACACCCGUGGCUGCUUCUCCAGCGGUCUCUCACAUCGGCCAGGAUACCCCCACGCCGGCAGCAGCUGCAUUCACGCCUUCGACCAUUGCGAGCACGCCGGCUGUUCGGCAGGGAGGGCCGCCGCUACUUGACCUUCAGAUUCCGACGUCGGCUCUGUCGCCUUCGCAGAUGUGGAACACCCUUGCCACAGCCACCAGUUCUCAACAGUCAGCAGGUCCCAGGUCGUUGGCCAACUCCCAGACUUGGCCGAAGCAGGCUACAUCGGACAAGCCAUCACCAGCGGUCGGUAUGUCUACCGUCGUCAUUCCGCAGUCGGCACCGGCCACAAGCUUCGAUCCCAGCGAGGCCAUCGCCCAGGCUCAGCAACCGCCCGUACCAGGCGCGGUUCGAUCGGCCACCUAUGACGCUCCAACCCAGCCUCAUCCUCCAGUCCCAUCACAGCGCCAGCGCAAGCCCUACUCGCCCCACCAGCAUCCUCUCCAGCAGAACCCGAUAACCCCAAGGACGUCCCACGCCCAGCAGGCCACACCAGUUCCGCCCCCCGAAACGCCCCUGAUCAUCAGCACCCCACGCGGGAUCACAGGCGCCUUUGACGCCCCAGGCUCCGCCACUCAAGCCGAGCCGCGGCCUGAAGCACCCCUCGUGUCCCCCGUGCCCCUUCACCCGCGCGCCUCGCCAGGCUCCUCCGGCCCCGGCUUCCGCCCGGCCGCCGAGCGCCUCGAGGGCAUGUACAACUCGUCGUCCUCGAUCCCGCGCCCCCCGCACGACUUCCUCAACGUCCCACUGGUCCCCGCAUCUCCCAUGUCAUUGGUUGCGACGCCGCGCGGCGCCACCGGAAGCGUGCUCGGCAGGCGCAAGAGCCGCGCCGAGCGCAGCGCCGCUCGCAACAUGUCGGACGCCAAGAAGCGCGGCUGGCGGCGGUCCAAGAGCAAGCGCGGCAAGAAGAAGGCUGCCAAUGCCAACACCAUCCAGCAGCAAGACGCGGCAGCGGCGGCGGGAUCGGCCUCCCAGCAUCAACAGCAGCAGCUCGAUGCAGAGGGCGGCAGCGCCCAGGCCUGGACCGAGAUCUCGGCGCCGCCGCCGGGCGUGCUGGGUCCGCAGGGCACCGCCACCGCGGCCAUGAGCGCGUACCAGAACAAGAAGGGCGGUAGCCGCUUGAGUAAACAUAAAAAGGAUCACAAGUGCAUCGUCAUGUGAUUGGUUUACCUUUCUCUUUUUUUUUCCUUACCCUUAAUUUUCUUUGUCUUCUUGGGUAUUUGGGGACAGGGCGUUCUCAGGAUUUUCAUCAACUCGAGGCUUGGGUACAUAGAAAUCAUGGGUGGAUAUAUUUGGAAAGAAUGCAGCUUGGGCUAGCAAUACACAAACUGUUUAAUUAUGCUCUGUCUCUCUUGUGCUUGUACCAGUUACCUGUUUGUUCGUGUUUGCAAACUGAUACGUCCUGUUAAUGAUUUGGACUAUGCCAAAGAAAUAGGACAGAAUGUCCCAAGCCGCUACUCAUUAGAUGCAAACGCCAUGGUGGUAGGGUCGGUCACACGAGGAGUGAAUCUACUCACUUCAGUUCGUUUGCGCAACCGAAACACAAAUGUCAAAUUACCUAGUAUCCGCCAAAAGUCCCUUUAUUUCCGCAGAUUUUAUGCUACAUGAUUUCGCUUGCUCGACCUUAAACCC